AUGUUGGGCUUGAAUUUGUCGGACGAGCUGCUGGGGACCGUGGCGCCGAUAAUCGUGUACUGGGUGUAUUCGGGAUUGUACGUAUUGCUGGGCUCGCUCGAUAUUUACAGGCUGCACACGAGGAAGGAUGAAGAUGAGAAGAAUUUGGUCUCAAAGAGGGAGGUCAUUAAAGGGGUGCUCCUCCAGCAGGCGGUUCAGGCUGUUGUGGCCACAAUACUGUUCGCUGUCACAAGCCCCGACUCGAACCACCCGACUCAAACACAGGAGCCGACUUCUCCUUCCCUAAUCGUGCUCGCUCGCCAAUUCCUUGUGGCCAUGAUAGUCCUCGACACGUGGCAGUACUUCAUGCAUCGAUACAUGCACCACAACAAGUUCUUGUACCGCCACAUACACUCUCAACACCAUCGACUCAUUGUACCUUACGCAUUCGGCGCUCUCUACAACCACCCGAUCGAGGGCCUCCUUCUCGACACUUGCGGUGGGGCCCUCGCCUUUCUGGUCUCGGGCAUGUCCCCACGAGCCUCGAUUUUCUUCUUCUCGUUCGCGACUCUCAAGACGGUAGACGAUCAUUGUGGCCUGUGGCUCCCCGGGAACAUUUUCCACUUCUUCUUUAGUAAUAACUCGGCCUACCACGAUAUUCACCACCAGCUUUAUGGGAAUAAAUAUAAUUUUUCGCAGCCGUUUUUCGUGAUGUGGGACCGGAUAUUGGGGACUUAUAUGCCGUAUUCUCUCGAGAUGAGGGGUAAGGGCGGGUUUGAGGCCCGGCCAACUAAGGACUGCACGAGGAAGAACGAGUGA